ACAGAGAAGUUGCAAAGUUCCUAACUCCCUUUAAAACUGCGGACUUCCUCAUCUGACACUACAGGAUACAAAGGGGAGGUACUGCCCAAGAAAGCCGAGUACGUCAACUCGAGUAACCCACUGAGUAUAGAAGGUGAGACAUCUCUGGAAGUAAGUCAGUCUGCACCGCAGUUAAACCCAGUCUUGGCUAUAUACAAAGAAUACCUGAAGUCCUAUUACGAUGCUAGAGCCCUAGCUCCAGCAGACAAGUACCUUCCCACUCUCAGUGUCCCCUACAUCAACCUAGCCAUGGUUGGUAGAGGGUUCUGUGCCCCUGAGCAGAGAGAUGAGUUCACUAGACAAACACUGCAUGGAGGGGUAGACCAGAUUCUCCAGAGUAAGAAACCUAUAAGCAUUAGGGACCUGCUGACUCCAGAAGACAUUGGUGCUCCAGUCAGGUUCAUUCUGGUAGAAGGUCCUCCAGGAAUUGGUAAGAGUACCUUUGCCUGGGAGGCGUGUAGGAGAUGGGACGAGAUAGAAAGCCUCAGUGGCUACCACACUGUUGUACUGCUCAAGUUGAGGGAAAAGUGGGUCUUGAAUGCCACAUCACCUUCUGACCUCUUCAGAUACCCUCCUGAUCCUGAAUUUAGUAAAGCGAUUGCAAAAGCAUUGAAUAGUUCCCAUGGGCAUAACCUCUUGCUGAUUUUAGACGGAUUCGACGAAGUCUCUCACAGUUUCCAUGAGAACUCUGUCAUAAAAAGUAUCUUGUGCAGGCAGCCCUUGCCAAAAUGUACCAUCAUCCUAACUACUAGGCCAUCCGCUAAGCACACGCUCCGAAGCGUCUGCCAGCCUCGAGUUGAUAAACACGUAGAAAUUAUCGGGUUCACAGAUGAAGAGAGGGUGAGGUAUGUCACUGAGGUCUUUAACAAGGAACCAGAACUUCAAGUGAAUGUUCUUAAAGUACAUGUUUCUUGUCCCUCACAUAAGUCAAUGAUG